UCUGCAAACAGUCACAUUCAAGAGCUCAAGCCAAAGAGACACUCGAGCGGACCAGCAACAGCAACAGCAUCGGCAACGACAACGACAACGAGAACGGCGACGGCAACGACAGUUGGCUCAGCAGCAGCAGAAGCAGCAGCUUCAGCUAACCUCAGACUCAGACUCAGUGGCCAAAAAACAAGCUACCAAUUCACGUUCGUGCGUCGGUUCGUUGCGGCGCGGCGCGCAUUAAAAUAGAGUCAUAUUUGCCACGUUAUUUUAUUUCCAAAUUUACACAAGGCAUCAGCGGCGCACACAAAUAAAUUAAUCAAAGUGUUUAGCUUCAAGAGGAGCGACAAGUGCACAAACAAAUGCCAAAGCCCAAGCAGCAGUAACCGCAACACCAACCUGCAGCAACACACCAGCAACCACCAAUAACAGCGGCUUAAAGCAUAGAACAUCCAAGCAACAACAACAACAACAAGUGACAAGUGCAGUGCACAAAAAUGCAACAAAUACUUAAAUUAAUUAACGCAGUGACAGUGCAUUGAACAACAACAAUAACAACAACAACAAAAACAACAACAGCAACCAAAACGAAAAGCUUUAAAAUAGAAAAACAAAUUUUGGUUGCUUAUUAAAUUGUAUAAAAAUAAUUGAACGCGUCGAGAGAACGCGUUGAUUAAUUCUAGCAUCAAUUUCAAACGCACCGCGUUAAUAAAGCCGGCAACAUAACGGCGCAACUAUUGAACACCUUUCUCAAGGGGAGUCCCCACCAGACCACCAUAGAUAUAAUGCAAAAGCUAUAUGCUGAGCCGCCGCCCAGCAGUGCGCCGGUUAGCAUGUCUAGCGCUGGUGGCUCUGCAUCUGGCGGCGUUGGCGUUGGUGGCGGUGCGGUACCCACCAGCAUCAACAAUGCCAAUCCCACCUCCAACGGCGGCAGCAUGAGUCCGUUGGCGCGUUCUGCAUACACCAUGAACAGCAUGGGUCUCACAGUCGGUGGCAUGUCCUCCGUGUCGCCACAAGCGGCGGCAACCUUCGGCUCCAGUGUCCUUGACUCGGCGGCAGCGGUGGCCAGCAUGAGUGGCAGCAUGGGCGCCGCAGCUGCAAUGAAUUCAAUGGGUGGCAACUGCAUGACGCCCAGCUCGAUGAGCUAUGCGAGCAUGGGUUCACCAUUGGGAAACAUGGGGGGCUGCAUGGCCAUGUCGGCGGCAAGCAUGUCAGCGGCAGGUUUGGGUGGCAGCUACGGCUCCAUGCCACCGGGUACUCGAGACAUGGAGCCCGGCUCACCCAAUUCGCUGGGACGGCGGGGAGUUGACAAGCCAACGACAUAUAGGCGCAGCUAUACGCAUGCGAAGCCUCCUUACAGUUAUAUCUCGCUGAUCACGAUGGCUAUACAGAACAAUCCGACCCGCAUGCUGACGCUGUCGGAGAUCUAUCAGUUUAUUAUGGAUCUGUUUCCGUUUUAUCGGCAGAAUCAGCAGCGCUGGCAGAACUCCAUACGCCACUCGCUUAGCUUCAAUGAUUGCUUUGUGAAGAUUCCCCGCACUCCGGACAAGCCGGGCAAAGGCUCGUUCUGGACACUGCAUCCGGACUCGGGCAAUAUGUUUGAGAACGGCUGCUAUUUGAGGCGCCAAAAGCGAUUCAAAGAUGAAAAGAAGGAGGCAAUUAGGCAGCUGCACAAGAGUCCGUCGCACAGUAGUUUGGAGGCGACCAGUCCGGGUAAGAAGGAUCACGAAGACUCGCAUCACAUGCACCAUCAUCAUCACACGAGUCGCCUGGAACACCAUCAGCACCACAAAGAGGCCGGCGGUGGCGGCGGCGUCGCAUUGGCGGGCGUCAAUGUCCUGAGCGCCGCACACAGCAAGGAUGCCGAGGCGCUGGCAAUGCUGCAUGCCAAUGCCGAACUGUGCCUCGGCCAGCAACCACAGCAUGUGCCCACGCAUCAUCAUCAUCAGCACCAUCAGCUGCAGCAGGAGGAGCUGUCGGCGAUGAUGGCGAACCGAUGCCAUCCGUCACUGAUCAGCGACUAUCACUCGUCGAUGCAUCCACUGAAACAAGAGCCAUCCGGCUACACGCCCUCCAGCCAUCCGUUCUCCAUCAAUCGCCUGCUGCCCACAGAGUCCAAGGCGGACAUCAAAAUGUACGACAUGAGCCAGUAUGCCGGCUACAAUGCGCUCAGUCCGCUGACCAACUCACACGCUGCCUUAGGCCAGGACUCAUACUAUCAGAGUCUUGGUUACCAUGCGCCCGCCGGCACCACGAGCUUGUGACAUCAUCAGUAUCCGCUGGCUUAAGGGCGCGCGGAGCAGAUGCUGCGCUUUGGCGGCGGCGGCGGCUCGCAUCAGCAGCACCAGCAGCACCAGCAGCAACACUUGCAGCAACAGCAGCACCACCAUCAGCAGCAGCAGCAGCAAUCACAACAGCAGCAGCAGCAGCAGGCGGCACAGCAACUGACAUCCGCUACAAACAGCACUACAACAACAACAAAGGCCAGCAGCAAGCCAACGGUGGCCGUCAACUACUCCCAAAAGCUGGCUGCCUCAGUGCAGCAGCAGCAACAACAGCAACAGCAGCAGCAACAACAGCAGCAACAGCAACAUCAGCAGCAACAGCAACAAUUACUGCAUAGUCAACUGGCUGCCGAGCUGCAGGAGGACUCCUCCAACAUUACCAGCGACCUAAGCGAGGAGCAACUGCAACAGCAUCAGGCGGCGCAGCAGCAGCUCUACAACAACUAUCAACAAUAUGCGGCGGCGGCCAGUUACCGCAACUGGAAUCACAGUUUGACCUUCAACAGCGCCGCCGCAUUGCAGAAUCUGCUGUAGCGCAGCACAAGGCGCGGCUUUGUGUAGGUCUCGAGCUUGAAAUCGAAACUCCAUGGCCCGAAUGCCUAACAAUCUCUGUUAUGUUCGUUCGGACUGCCCGGGGCUAAUUAGCGAGCGGCUGUUCAAUGGCUUUUAGCACCUGGGCGCAUCCUUUGAGCUCGAGAUUGAGCACGUGAGUACGGCUCCCUACACUUGUAAAUAGUUCAACCUACUCUCCUUCAGCAAGCACUUGCUUAGCCUUUUGUCUUUAUGUUUUAUUUUGUUUUCCAAUGUCGUUCUGUUGAGGAAUUCAAGAACAAAAGUGAUGUAGUUGUAAGCGCAGCAACGGCCACAUACGUGUGUACAUGUGUGUAGGUGAUUACUUUAGCCGUUAAGCAAAGAACUUUGUUAACAUUUAAGUUUGCUAAAAAAAAAACAAGAAAUUCCGUGCCAUUUGUUUAUCCUCUAUAUAAGCAAUAACAAUCAAAUCGGUUCAAACAAACAUUCAGCAUUUUAAAUGUAUGUAAAGAAAACUGAUGUAGCGACACAAAUAGAGAGAGAGAGAAAGAGAGGGAGAGAGAGAGGGGUAGAGAUAGGGGAGUGUGAGAGGGAGAUGGAAAGGAGAGAGAGAGAGUGAGGGAGGGAGUGGGAAAGCGAGAGUCAGAGAGAGAGAGAGAGAGAGAGAGAGAGAGAGAGAGAGAGAGAGCGAUAGAGAGAGAGCGCAAGCAUAGCUGGAUUAUGUAUAAUGUUCAUUAAAAAAACAAAUCCUUUUUCCAAAGGCAAUCGAAUUCGAAUCGCAAAUGAUCAAAAACCAAAAAGAAAAUAUCCAACAAUUUCAAGACACCCCUAAGAAUCCUCAAAUUUAUCGAACUAAGCAACAAAAUUUGGCCAUUCAUAGGAAACGACACGUUUUAAUCAUAUAAUUUAUAAAUUAAUUUCAAAGUUUUAUGUGUAUACAAACAAUUUUCUAUACAUUUGAUUUGCAUUGUACGUUUUCUGUUACUGUACGAAUUCGUUUAGGGUUAAGCAUUUUGUAAAUAGUCUAUAAAUAUAUGUGUAUGUAUAGCAUAUUUAAGAAAAUUUAAAUUAAACUCGAUGCCCAAAAAAUAAAAAUUUUUAAACUAACUUGAGAAUUAAUCAAAUUGUAUGCUACACAACAUUAACAAAUAUUGUAUAGCAAUUAACAUUUAAUUAGCAUAAAUAAAAAAGCAAGUUAAAAUACGAAACAAAAAAAAAAAAAAAACAAUGAACGAAAAACUGCAAUUAUUAUUCAAUAAUUUUUUAAUAUUAAUUUUAUUAUUAUGCGUAAACAAAAUCACACAUACGCGCAUUUUUACAUUGAGCUAAGCUAAUUGAAACCUUAUAAAAAAAGAAAUAGUUUAAAUAUGGCAAACAAAAGAAAAUGAAUAAAAACUACAAAGUAAAUAAUAUACAAUGUAAAAUACACGCAUUGAAAUUCAUAAAUGUCAAUAAAAACCGAAAUAAUAAAUCCAAAAUUGAAAGCUAGUUAAAAUUAAUAUUAUAAAUCAUGCAAAAAUUUAAGAAAGACUAUUUUAAUGUUUGAAAUAUACAAAUAAUAGA